AUGGACCGUCCGGUGCACCAGAUCGGAGGCGUUAUCGAGGCCCUGUGCGCCAGGACCCAGUCAGAACAGGAGGCCGCCCUCGAUGACUAUUUCACCCCAGAUGCUUACUUCGUUCACCCCUUCUGUCGGGUGCCCUCGUUCUCCGGCGUGGAGCUGCCCUUGAUCAAGGGCGAAUUCAACUCUCGCUGGUUGCUCAAGUUCGUUUAUCAGUGGUAUCGCAUCCUGAGUCCCCAGAUCGACAUCAGGGUCGACUCAGCCGUCUUCGAUCAGCGCAACAGCCUGCUCUAUGCCACGAUCCAUCAGACUUUCACACUUUGGUUUAUUCCAUUCUCUCUGUGGCAAUCCCACGUCAAACUGGUCACCGUCUUGCACCUUGUCUCGCGGCCUGUCGACCAGGAUGGACGUCAACUUCCCAAUAACAGUCCCGUUGCUCCUGGAGACCAGACUGUCUCUACUCGCUACUUCAUUCGCGGUCAAGAGGAUAAUUACCAAGUUAAUGACUUUCUCAAGUUCAUUGCUCCGUGGGGAGCUAGUCUCAUAUGGUUCGGCUGGCAGGUCUUUGCCACAGUUCUCUGCGUGCUCGGCGUUGUCUUCUUCUGGCCAGUCACCGCCAUUCACGAAUACUUCGUCAAGGAGGUACCUCAAUGGGACGAGUCGAGAAUGCUUGGCUUGCUGGACCGGCCGUCACACAGAUCCCACACAUCCGCAUAUACCAAAUUGAGUCCAUCUUCAAUGGCGAUUCCGCACACGAAUGUGACUGCUUCUCCUUCCAUGAGAUCGUUUCCAUCAUCUCGGCUCCAAUCGCACGCUUUGGACCGCAUCAACCAUGGCUUGACACAGGGCUAUUGGGAUAAGGCAGCAUUUAAUUCCCAAUUUGAACAUAUACGCGUUCAAGAGAAGCUACUCAGAGACUAUGACCAAGGCUCUACCAAAAUCUCUCAGGAGGGAACUCUCCUGCAGCCGGAAAUUGGCUGUAAGCCGCAGGAGGACAAAGGCAGACAAGUUCACAAGAGGUUUGGGGACCCACGAAAUAUAUGUCACGAUCAAGAGACAUACAGCGUCCUUCCGACCGCAGCAGAUACGCUAGACUCAAGGCCAUUCGUUGAAAUCCUGGCUAGGCAAGAACAGAUGCUUAAUUCCGCGCUGGAAAUGGUUUCGAGUCACAGCAAGUGCCUUGAGAGAUUUAGAAAAGAGGUUGGUCGGAUGAUGAGCGAACCAGCCAGAGAACUGUCAGGACAAAUCUUGAGUGCAACCACAAGCUCCACCGUGUCUCAACAUUCGCCAAGACAUAGCAACAAUGGCUUCUUAGGGGACUCAUUGAAGGUGGAUAAUCUUGAUGAUAGCGAGCCUAGGGCUCGUGGUAGACACCGCUCAAGCCAAACUCUGGUACCACCUUCAGAGUUAGGACCGGCAAACGCAACUAUCUGGGCCUCCGCAACCAACGAUGACAUCGACUCCGAUCUUCCCAUACGUGACAUGCUCAAAGAUGCGAAAGCAAGGAAUCGGGCAGCUUUUCACAAACUCCAGCCUAAAUUUCCGCCAGUUGACACCAAUGAACGCGAAUGGUCUACUGCUCAUCAGAAUCGCGAUGCUAUUAGUAAUGGAAUACCCAGACUUCCAAUGCGAAUCUGCCAUAUCUCAGGUAUUCCGGUUCCUAAGGAGUGGGAGAGGCUUGCAAGCAUUCAUCAUGACCUUGACCUUGGCUCCGAACAUCGAAUGAGUUUCUUGGGCUCGCCUCCUGAAUUCCCACAGACUGAGCUGUCUGGUUCAAAGAACGUGCCACCGGACCUUGAUGACAAAGAAAACCUCGCUCAAACGAGUGGAUUUCGUGUCCGCAGCAACGAAUACCCUGUCGUGGCCGACGUGGACGAGAAAAUUCAACACCAGGCCUACCCGAAACAACUCAAUGAGGGUUCUGCAUGGUCGCAGCCAAUCUACCACGACUCGUCCGCCGUUGAGACUGACCAUGCAAACUCCUUCAUGGGCUGGAGUGACUAUGGCGACGAAGCUAAUGCUUCUCCAACCUACAUUGAUCCUCGCACAGUCGCUGAAGAACUUAACCUGGCGCUGUCAUCUCUGCGCAACACCGACACUGCCAUAAAUGGUCAUGAUGAUUAUAUCGUCAUCCCAAACUCCUCCAGUACAGCAGAUACUGAGGAGAAGAGCACCCAUGAAGCCGACGGAUCUGCUGCUACUGAGAUCCGAAGCGACGAUGAUUCGAACACGUCCACCAGGGGAUAUACUGGGGCCUACAACGGCGUCGAGCUUGAAGACCAUAAAUCAUCAGGAACAACUGCAUCCGGUGACCCCGAUGAAUCUUUCAUGGAGGAUUCUACAGCCAUGGAACCCAGUAAUUAUGGAGACGAUACCCUUGCUUCUAUAGGCAUGGGAAAAGAUGAACUCUGCGACAGUGUGAUUACUACCUUGCCCAGCAAACCGUAUCAGUCUCAAGACCAGAUGGAGGGCUGUCAAGGUACUGGGAGUGGGACAAGUACUUCUCAGCACGAAAUUCCAAACAGCCACACCCCUGUGUUGGAGACAGACCGAGGAACUUACAGGUCGACUGAGGGUGACAAGGAAAAUGCGGCCGGGGACUGCCCGACGCCCACGAAGACCACCCCUCGACCGGCAUUGCAGCCAAGAUGGACGCGGCUUGCACCGCUUCCGUCUGAUUGGGACGAUAUGAGUAUAUAUGAAGAUUAG